UGCACGGUGGUAGUGUCGCUAUUGUGUAGUGCAUCCUAAGCUUUUGGCAGCUUCUGCCGUGGGCGUCCGCCGAACACGGCACCGCGGCGGUUGCCCCACUGCCGGGGAAGGUGCUUGACGCGUCCUCGCAUACGAGAAGUGCGACGAGCCGCGAUCGACAGCGGAGGAACAGGAGAGGCAGGAGGUGGGGGAGGAGGUGGUAGAGCAGUAGCAGCAGCAGGAGGAGGAGGAGGACAACGACGGCAACGAGGACGGACACGAGGACGACCGCCGACGAGGGCCGCCGACGACACGAAGAUGCCGAGCGCGUCGUUUUCGUCGUCUACGCGCGGCUACCCGCGGAGGUCGCGUCGGAAAAACAGGAACAACGGUCUCGUGCUGAGAACGGCCGAGCUAGUCGAGCUGCCAUGUCCAACGUCCAAUCUGCACAUUUCAACAGCAGCUGGCGGUGGAGUCGGCGGAAGUGGUGGACGAGGCUCGUCCCCUAGUGUAUCCGGAGUGGCCGCUCCCUCACCGUCACCUCAAUUGCACUCGUCGCCGUACGAUCUGAGACGCAAAAGUCCACCGCAUCCCGAUCCGGCGCCUGGCACGAGUUCUGCCCUUCCGCCAUCGGGUGGCAUUGCCGCUACCUUCGGUUCGUCGUCUCUACCAGCGAGGAAACGACCGAGACGAACGUGUUCAUUGUCCACGGAUGGUAUAAAUACAAACACUGCGGCGCAUUACCUCCAGUAUGAGCUACCGGAUGAAGUCUUACUCACGAUAUUCAAUUACCUUAUGGAGCAAGAUCUUUGUCGUGUCUCGCAAGUCUGCAAGCGUUUCCAAGUGAUUGCGAAUGACACGGAACUGUGGAAGUCGUUGUAUCAACAAGUCUAUGAAUAUGAUCUGCCGUUGUUCAAUCCAGCGCCGUGUAAAUUCGAAUUUGUCUCACCGGACGAUUCCGAGUACCAGAAUCCGUGGAAGGAGAGUUUUAGGCAACUAUACAGAGGCGUACACGUGCGACCUGGCUUUCAGGAUUUAAAGUUUAAAGGCCGCAAUCUGCCGUAUUUCAACACGGUUCAGGGUGCACUGGACUACGUCGACGAGUACAGAAGCAACAGCAGCGCCUCGACGAACAGCGGCACUACAGCUGCGGGCGGGCAGGGUUGUUGUAAUAGCAAUUCACAAACGAGUGGGGAAGAUACUUCGACACAGCACUUAGUUUUUCUACAUGCUGGCACAUAUAGAGGCGAAUUUCUUGUGAUCGACAGUGAUGUAGCAUUGAUUGGUGCCGCGCCGGGAAAUGUCGCAGAGUCUGUCAUUCUAGAACGAGAGAGCGAGUCGACGGUUAUGUUUGUAGAGGGUGCAAAACGCGCUUACGCCGGGCAUCUCACGUUAAAAUUCACGCCCGACGUCACGAGUACGGUACCCCAUCACAAGCACUAUUGUUUGGAAGUUGGUGAAAAUUGCAGUCCUACUGUCGACCACUGCAUCAUCAGAAGUUCAAGUGUCGUUGGUGCAGCGGUCUGCGUGUCGGGCAUGGGUGCCAAUCCGUUAGUGAAGAAUUGUGACAUAUCGGAUUGCGAGAAUGUCGGAUUGUACGUGACCGACUACGCUCAGGGUACAUACGAGGACAACGAGAUCUCGCGGAAUGCCCUCGCUGGCAUCUGGGUGAAGAAUUACGCGAAUCCUAUCAUGCGACGGAAUCACAUUCAUCACGGUCGCGAUGUAGGAAUAUUCACGUUCGAUAACGGACUCGGUUACUUCGAGGCCAACGACAUUCACAAUAAUCGGAUAGCAGGUUUUGAGGUGAAAGCUGGGGCUAAUCCUACUGUUGUUCACUGCGAGAUUCAUCACGGUCAGACCGGUGGCAUCUAUGUUCAUGAAAACGGUCUAGGCCAAUUUAUUGACAACAAAAUUCAUUCGAACAAUUUUGCUGGUGUAUGGAUUACAUCGAAUUCGAACCCAACUAUACGUCGGAACGAAAUAUACAAUGGCCAUCAAGGUGGAGUGUACAUAUUCGGCGAAGGUAGAGGUUUGAUUGAGCACAACAAUAUCUACGGCAAUGCACUAGCUGGCAUACAAAUCAGAACAAACUCGGAUCCGAUCGUCCGACACAAUAAGAUACAUCAUGGUCAGCACGGCGGCAUUUACGUGCACGAAAAGGGCCAAGGUUUGAUAGAAGAAAACGAGGUGUAUGCUAAUACCUUGGCAGGCGUGUGGAUCACAACGGGUUCGACGCCGGUUUUAAGGCGAAAUCGAAUUCAUAGUGGCAAACAAGUUGGUGUGUAUUUUUAUGACAAUGGUCAUGGGAAAUUGGAGGACAAUGAUAUUUUCAAUCAUUUGUAUUCAGGAGUACAAAUAAGGACUGGCAGUAAUCCGGUAAUACGCGGUAAUAAGAUAUGGGGAGGACAAAACGGUGGCGUUCUAGUGUAUAAUAGCGGCUUAGGCUUACUCGAACAAAAUGAGAUUUUUGACAACGCAAUGGCUGGUGUCUGGAUUAAGACUGACAGCAAUCCAACUCUUAAAAGGAACAAAAUAUACGAUGGACGAGACGGCGGAAUCUGUAUAUUUAACGGGGGCAAAGGUAUUUUAGAGGAAAAUGACAUAUUUCGCAACGCGCAAGCAGGCGUGCUUAUAUCAACGCAAUCGCAGCCGAUUCUAAGGAGGAACCGGAUUUUCGAUGGUUUGGCAGCUGGCGUCGAAAUAACUAACAACGCCACCGCUACCCUGGAAUUCAAUCAAAUAUUCAAUAAUCGAUUCGGCGGUCUGUGUCUGGCAAGCGGGGUGCAACCGACGACUAGAGGCAAUAAAAUAUUUAAUAAUCAAGACGCGGUAGAGAAAGCGGUUGGGAAUGGCCAAUGUUUAUACAAAAUCUCUUCGUACACUUCCUUUCCCAUGCACGACUUCUAUCGUUGUCAAACGUGCAACACAACGGAUCGGAACGCGAUAUGCGUUAACUGUAUAAAAACUUGUCACGCUGGCCACGACGUAGAAUUCAUCAGACACGAUCGAUUCUUUUGCGAUUGCGGUGCCGGAACAUUGAGCAAUCAGUGUCAGCUGCAGGGUGAGCCUACGCAAGAUACGGAUACGUUGUACGAUAGUGCGGCGCCCAUGGAAUCGCAUACACUUAUGGUCAACUAGGAACUAACCUAAAAUAAUUUAAACAAUCAAACAAUGUUUAGAACCGAGGUUGAGAGAAUCGGCAUGAUAGUUCCAUCGACCACGAUUUCGGACGUGCUGCGAGAAAAACAAAACAAACAAAAAUACCCUUUUCUCAUCGGACUACCGAACCCUUUCGGAGCAAGGAGGAUAUUUUUGCACGAGUCGAUUUGGACAGAGGGCCUAUAUUUGAAGUGUCUCCUCGCGCGAACACCGAACUCGAGUUGCACCAAAAGCGAAUCGAUACGAGAGAAUCGCCCGCGCUGAUCGCUCACGCGACAGAAGGACUGUCGAGGUAUAUAUACAGUACAAUACGUACGUGUAAGUCUAGGGUAAGAAGUAACGCGAUUAAUGUUUCACUCCCGGCCCAACGCAGCCGCUUCCGUUCGUUGCACAAAGUGCUGUGCGCUUUCGCGUCCCUUUGGAGAACCAGGCGCUUUAAAGGGACGACGAUGGGACUGACGCGAACGCGGCUGACGGCCCUGAGCGCGCCUCGCGCGUCGGGGGUGUCAAUAUUUUCUCGUGCAGUAUACCGAAUCUCUCGCGCAACACCUAAAUCGUACACUUUGAGAGAGUAUCUAGGAAAUAGUGUAUUUAGAGCGGAAACAGACGAUCGAUUUUGUCGCGCGCGCUGCCUUAAUAAUCUCGAGCGUGGAGGAAAUAAUUCGCCAUGUUCAAUGUUUCUUCUUUUUUUUUUAUAUUCUAUUUUUGUCAAUUUCUUUCAUUUUUUUUCCACGCCUCGUUUCCUUUUCCACGUGAUUUCGACGUGCUUCACGGAAGAGACGUUAUAGUCGAUAACAAAAAUGAUUAUUUGUACAUUGGUCCGAUUGCCGCAUAUAUAUAUGUAUCACGUUUGUCGAGUUUAUUUAAAAACAACGAUUAAUCACUAUCGGUCCCUACCUUCGCCUACUUCACGCAACAAUUUUUCACGAAAAUAAAAGUUGGUGGAAUAACGAUCCUCGGCGCAACGCGAACCAUUAAACCGGAGUUAAUUAACCAUGGCUCGCGACAUAAAAGCCGAAUGCAUCAACGUCGUUUUACGCUCGGCUAAUAGAAUUACCUAUCUCCGCUCGCGUUACAGUUAAAAGCUGCGCGGGCGGAGGAAGGGGGAAGGGGGGACGCGGAAAAGUCGUAAAGUCGGUCACAAAGGGUGUUUAAGGUGCGCGGAAAAACCUUGACCCUUUCGUCAUAAAUCACUUUCGAGCGGGUCGAGCGGGUCGCGCGGAUCCGACGCGCGGCACGGCGGUGUCGCUAAAUUGGCUCAUUUGAGAGCGCCUAAUGACGCGUACGCUCGCAAAGAGGGGCGGGGAAAAGGUUCUGGCAAACAGCCAGACGACCGCCCAUUCCCGACGGCGGCCGGCGGAAGCCCUUAGAAACGCGGCUCCGGGCCGGGUCUUCAACGAGGCGGUUCGCGUGAUCGCGGACCGGGGUGCACCACGACCGCCGCCCGUGUACACCGUAAUAAACGGGAAGAAAAAAAAAACGCACGAAUUACCAUGUGUCUCGCAUACCACUAUACUAUAACGACAGCAUCGAUAACGCUCUAAACGAUAAGUACCUAAACGACACACCGUUUAAGCCGUAUCCAACCCGUAAAUCUCAACUCUAGCUGCACCAAGUGCCAUAGUCCAUAGGUACACGAUUAUGAUUACAUAGAACUCGAUAUAGCGUCAGCAGCUGAUCACGAGAGAAAGCGAGCGAGAGAAAGGCAGAGAGAAAGAGAGAGAGAGAGAAUGAGAAAGUGUGAGAGGGAGAGAAACAAUUAUUAAUUGCGUGAGCAAUUAGUCCUACGAUUACCGUGACUGCGCUGCGGAGUGAAAGGGGGAAGAACCGAGGGUGCGAGAGCGUGAGUGAAUGCGAGGAAGGUGGCGGGACGACGGUAAGCGGGAGUUGCGCUUUGCCGUCGCGACACGUGACUCGAGAUCCGGCGUAACCCGGAUGGAACCGGAUUGCGCUCUCGAGCGUUACAGACACACCAAUAUAUGCGACAAUAUACACGUUGAGAUUGAUUGAUUUCCGGUCCGCCUGUCGCCUCCGUUACUCUGCACUACAUCCCCCUCCCCUCCCAACUCCUCCGGGUACAUGCAUCCGUUACUGUACAUUACACGCCGGCUUAUUUUUCGACGCCGAUAGUCUGCGAUUAGAUUUGCCGCUUCCACCCCCGAUUUCCCGAGACUCGCGAGCUACCCCAAACAUAGCCAUGGUGAGAAGUUGGUAAGAGAGAAGGAGAAAAAGUAUGAAAGAGAGAGAGAGAGAGUAAGAGAAUACGUGUAUGCAUGUGUGAGAGAGAAAAGCGUGAAAUAAGAAUUUUCGUGGAUGGAACCAGAUGAUGGUGCGUGACGUGACGUCUUUGCGAGAGACAUUAUCGAACACUUGGAACUGUAGUAACAAAUUGCAAUUGUAUGUUGUAAACAUUACUAUUUCAAAUAUAAUGCUAUUAUUAACAGAA